GGAACCUGCUCAAGGCGGGUACGUGGGCACCCUCUGGCACCAUCCUUGGGGCUUUGGGCCAAAAUCUUGGUGGUUCUACACAAAAACACCGAGGUUUGUGCCCCAAAAGGGGACUUGCUCAAGGCUGGUACGUGGGCACCCCCCGGCACCAUCCUGGGGGGGUUGGUGCCAAAAUCAGGGGAGUUCUACACAGAAAUGCCAAGGUUUGUGCCCCAAAAGGGGACCUGCUCAAGGCGGGCGCGAUCACGGCGGAGGAGGCGCAGCGCUCGAGCUCCCUCAACAUCGUGGGCAUGGUGGGGUCCAUCGACAACGACUUCUGCGGCACCGACAUGACCAUCGGCACCGACUCGGCCCUGCACCGCAUCAUGGAGAUCGUGGACGCCAUCACCACCACGGCCCAGAGGUGACAGGGACCC